AUGCGCCAUAAAGAGGGUGCUUCCUUGGUGCUGGGAAUCAAGACACUGCCUGCCAUGCUUGGGACUCUAGGGUUAUUUAGGGAACUCUUCAUCCUCCACCUGGGCCUUUGGAGCACCCUUGGUGAAGAGUCAUGUCAAGUACAACUUACCCCUAGCAGGCAUUCGAAACAUGCCACAGCAGGAGAGUUCUUUAAAAUUGAAUGUCCUGUGACAUACUGUGUUCACAGACCUAAUGUGACUUGGUACAAGUACAGUGAAAAAAACUUUUUACCUCUUGUGAUUGGACCUCAUCAACACACUACUUGGGAUGAAAACCAAAAGCUUUCAGUUUUUAUUCUCCAUUUUGAGCCAAUACAUCUCAAGGACAAUGGGUCAUAUAGAUGUUCUACAAACAUUAAUUCUGAGGUUAUUAAUAGCCACGCAAUAACCAUCAAUGUAACAGAAAGGACUCAAAAUGAUUCAAAGCACCAUCUAAUAACAGUGUCUGACAUUCCAGAUGCCAUCAAUGCCUCAGGACCACCCACCAUGGAAGAGAGGGCGGACAAGACCUGGCUGCUUUACAGGUUGCUUCCUUUGGUGGCAUUGCCUUUGCUGCUUGUCUGUUUCUGCCUGGUCUGUUUCCUGAAAAGGCACCAAGGGAAAGAAAAGAAGCCUUCUGACUUAGCAGGAAGGGAAAUUAACCGGGUUGAUAUUCCAGUGAGUCCCAGGACAAAUUUCCAAACACUGCCAUCAGAAACUAGCAUUUACGAUAAUGAUGACUUGUCAGGUGUCCAGGAAAGGUCUGAAUCCACAACUGACUCACAAUUGGAGGAAAGCAAACAGAGCAUUGUUUAUGCUUCUCUGAACCACUCUGUCAUUGUAAGGAACCCAAGACAGGCAAGCAACAUCCAAGAGGCACCCACAGAAUAUGCAUCCAUUUGUAGGAGAAGCUAAACCUUGGCACUGAAACACACAGGCUGUGAGCACUGCAUGGUGGACUUAUCAAUAUCAUCUUCUGGACCUUCAAUGUCAAAUAACAACUUUCUUCAACCUGGAAAUUUUCACAUUAAGGUGGUUUGUGCUGGGGUUGUGUCUUAAAGGUCCAUGGAAUAUUUAGUUGAAUUUCUCCUGAAAACU